AGCCCCCUAUUCGCUGCCUCCUGCACCGGCACCAGCCCCGCCGCCCCGGCAGCCGGGAGGGGGUUCCCCGGGCUGGCUGGCUGCAGCCGAGCCCCAGCGGCAGGAGCGGCUCCUGGCGCUGCUCUGCGGUCCCGCUCCCUGGCCGGGCUGCAGCCGCCGGUGCCCGCUUGAGCUAGCGGAGCUGUCCGGCUGGGGGUAGCCGCGUAACUCCGCGCCGGGGAGGCAGCGGGCGCUGCAGCCCGACCCCCUCUGAUCUCGCGCGGUGCCCAGCCCGCCGGCCGGCGUACCCUUGCCGCGGGGGGGAGCGGGGCUGCGGCGGGAGCCGGUGCGAGUCUAUUAGCAGGCGCGUGGUAGUGAUGGCGGCUCUCAGUGAGACUUUCCCUGUCACUGGAUACUACUCCCGGCUCCUGCCCGCCGCCGCGGCAGCCCCGCUCCGAGCCCGCCCGCCCUUUGCAGCACAGCCGCCGCCGCCGGGCAGCAGGGGCCACAGGCGAGCGCGGGGGCGGCCGGAGCGGUGAGUGCCGGCGGCAGCCCGCGUGCCGCGCAGUAUGGGGCUGCUGGAGCGGACGAGGAAAGAAUGGUUCAUUCUGGGAAUAGUGCUGGUGAUCGCCGUGGCUAAGCUGGAGCCUGCCAUUGGGGUGAAAGGGGGACCACUGAAGCCAGAAAUUACCAUAACAUACAUUGCUGUUUCAGCUAUAUUCUUUAACAGUGGACUCUCAUUAAAAACUGAGGAGCUGACAAGUGCUUUGAUGCAUGUGAAACUACACCUUUUUGUCCAGAUUUUUACACUUGUGUUCUUCCCAACAGCAAUAUGGCUUUUUCUUCAAGCAUUAUCAGUCACACCUAUAAAUGAAUGGCUUUUAAAAGGUUUGCAGACUGUAGGCUGUAUGCCACCUCCUGUAUCUUCUGCAGUGAUUUUAACCAAAGCUGUUGGUGGAAAUGAGGCAGCUGCUAUAUUUAACUCAGCCUUUGGAAGUUUUUUGGGUAUCGUUAUAACUCCACUGCUACUGCUGCUUUUUCUUGGAUCAUCCUCUUCUGUGCCUUUUACAUCUAUAUUCUCACAGCUGUUUAUGACUGUUGUAGUUCCUCUUAUUAUUGGACAGAUUGUCCGAAGACGCAUCAAGGAUUGGCUUGAGAGGAAGAAACCUCCAUUUGGUGCUAUCAGCAGCUGUGUGCUCCUGAUGAUCAUCUAUACAACGUUCUGUGACACUUUCUCCAAUCCAAAUAUUGACCUUGAUAAAUUUAGCUUGAUUAUAAUAGUGUUCAUAAUAUUUUUUGUUCAGCUGAGCUUCAUGCUUUUAACUUUCCUCUUUUCUACAAGGAAUAAUUCUGGUUUCACACCAGCAGACACAGUGGCUAUCAUUUUUUGUUCCACACAUAAAUCCCUCACCCUGGGUAUUCCAAUGCUGAAGAUAGUAUUUGCCGGCUAUGAGCACCUAUCUUUAAUUUCCGUCCCCUUACUUAUCUAUCACCCAGCUCAGAUUCUUCUUGGCAGUGUGUUGGUACCAACAAUAAAAUCUUGGAUGGUUUCUAGACAGAAGGCACUGAAGUUAACAAGACAGCCCAAAGUACCUGUGAAGGUAUAACAAUGGAAGCAGUCCGUGUCACAGUGAAUGUAUAUAUGUACUAUACUGUACACACUCAGACAAUUGAGAAGACUGGUAUUUGUGAAUGUUGUUUUAGCGCAUAUUUUAUUUUUCUAUCUAUAUUAAAAAAGAUAUAUCUGUUUAAGUGCCUUAAAAAUGCAUUUUUGGCAAAAGCAUUGUUUCCAGAAGCCACUUUGUUAGUUACUGCAAGAGGUUGUACAGUAUUUUGUAGUCAUUUAGUUUUUAUUUUUCUAACAGAAUGAAUUAUCAUAAUUAAAAGCUGUGUUCCCUUCAUCACCUCUCAUUUGAAGCUAAGAUGCACCACCUGUAAGUUAGUGUUUUAAACUAGCUAAAAUGACCAGGGGCACAUCCCUCUGCUGGCUAACUUUAGAGCAGUGCUUUCUGAAGUUCUGUUCAAGAUUAACUUGAAUUUGUAUGUGAUUCUCUUAUCCUCCCUAGUCAUAUGACUGUGACAUGCCUUUUUCUUCUGAGUUUGUGUAUACUCAGCAUGGGGCCAUCCAUUGGGUAGGAGCUGAGAAGCAUAAAUUAUUUGCAUUUGUUGACACAGUUGUCUAGACAUUCCUUCAAAGUUAAUGGUUUCUCAAGAAAUUUCUUUCAGUUCCAUAUUAUGAUAUCGUGGCAUUGUAUAUCUUAAGUGCAUCAUAAGCUUCUUCAAAGAAAUGGUCUGGUGCUUGGGUUAUGAGUGAAAUAUUUGUGUUUUGCCGCUAAGAGGGUUUUUUUAUUAUUUAUCCAAGGUGAACAAAAAAAUUCUUUCUUUUUUUCUGUUCUUUCUCUCAAAUGCAACACAGAGAUUUGCAGUGACAGAAUUUAGUUGCUAUUUUUUAAAUAGAAUCUUUACCAUAGUAAAAGCAAAACUAAGUUAUAUAUUGCCAUGUUAAUAAACCUCAUGAGAACAAGAAAGUUGACAGUUUUUUCCUCUAAUUGAGAAGGUUGUAAGGCAAAUUAAGAAGGAUGCUUCUAACAAGAACAUUAUCAUGGUUAAUUUGACAAUCAAAUGCAAAUAUUUUCAUAAAAAAUAUAGAUUUUUUUUUAAUAAACAGAGAAAAAGGACCAAGGAUACAUGUAUGCCCAGAAAGAAAGGAGUACAGGUAUAUAGUUGAACACAUAACAAGCACCUUAUUCAAAACGUCAGGCAAUUAGAAUGGGUGCAUUAACAUGGACUCUAAGAUGUAUCUACCUGCUAGAAUUGUGGUGGUGACUGUCCAUUAAAAAAUAAAAGGAAAAAAAGAAAACUUCGAACAGUAAGAUAGAUAAAAGUUCAGAGGUAUCCUGCAUGUCACUAUUCCCCUUGCACUCAAUUGCAUUGCAAGUAUUCACUGCAAACACAAAGGGGAAGAGCCUCAGUUUGUCUCUGCCAUAGCUCCAUUGAGCUAUGAACAUUUAUACCAGCUGAUGAUCUGUCCUAAGAUGCUUGGGAUACAUGUCGCCAUGUGUUUGUCAAAUUAUUUUUAGCUGUAUCUCUCCUGAUAUUCUUGGUUUAAUGUAAGAGGAUUCCAUUUGGUGCCAAGCAGAAAUGCCUUGUGUUAGCAGAGGUCUGUAGUAGGCUGCUCCAUUGCCAUUGAGAUUAAAAUAUCAGACAUUAUUACUGGUUGUCAGUGAUGUGUUUUGAAAUCAUCAAUCCCUGAUCAUAAAACAUGCAAGCAACAAAGAUCCUGCAAGGUGCUGAUGCCCUCAGUUUCCAUUGACUAGAGUUGACCCAAUGAAACUAAACAUGAAUGAGAGUUCAGGGUGCUCAGCGUCUUGCAAGACUGGGGCUGUAUUGUCUAAGCUUCUUUUCAGCUGCAAAGAAUGCACAGAGCAGUGGCCAGUGAGCUCAAAGAUGUUUUUGACAAGUGUGCCUUUAGAGGUGUGCUCAAACCCAGGUAUGAAAGUAGAUCAAACAUAAGUUUUUAGAUCCAAAUCCAUAAGCUUCACUUUAUCAAACAUUUUCAUUGAAGUGGCUCCAUAUGCAUCAAAAUUCCUUUACCUAAUGCUUAAGAACACUGAGAGCAGCCAAGAGUUAGCUAAAGGGCACAGUUCCAUUCUAGCUUUUUUGUUUUGUUUCCUUGAAUCUGUCUCUGAAUCCUCAAAGUAUAAAAAGGCCCGAUCCAGCUCCAAUUGAGAUCAAUGAAUCUUUCCAUUGGCUUUAAUGGACAUUGAAUGAGGCCCAAAGACAGCAUGAGUUUGUGGUUGACUGUUAUAAAUUAUUAAAAGAAUUCUAGCACACACAGUUGCUUUUUCCCCCUUCAUUGGUUGUGUCUUCUCUAAACAGUCAAUACACUGCUAAUAUUCCAAUUGAUCUACCUCUGUGUACUGAAUCUAAUGCCUUCGGUACAUGCAACAACUAGUUUAGAUUCCAUUGAAAGUGUCUGUCUUUGUUAUAAUUUUACUGUGUUAAAAAUAUUCUUAAGACUGUUUUCCAGAGAAUUUUGUUAGAUCCUUUAGUGUAAUUAGUGAUGGUUUAGAGCAGCCUAAAUGGUAUCUGUUUAUUCCUGUUUUUACAUAAACUAAUGUUGGAUGUAUUGUUCUGAACGAGAUAUAAAGCAAAUCUGAAAUACAUUUUUAAAUCCAUACUUAGUGGAACUUAAUUAUUCAUAUCCAAAAUAUUCUGUUAUGUUUAAAGAUGGUUAAGCUGUUCAUUUUAUGCCUUCAAUUAUGCUCACAUGUCUUUAUAACAGGAACACAUGGGACUUAGUUUUGUUAAUGUGAAAUUAGGGGAAAGACAAACUUCCUUAUCAUCUGGGUCUGUGUUUUGGGGUUUUUUUUGUAAGUUGAAGUUUCAUGCUUUUGUCAGUGAAUUUUCUGCAUGUUCCUUUUUUUUUUUAAAGUGUGAACAACUUUUAAAAUAUUUUACUAAUUAAAUUGAAAAAAGUU